AUGAAAGUAAGACCUGAUGUGGCUCAAGCCCAGCUGGAAGUUCAUGACAGAUGGGAUAAGCGGGCGCUAAGCAAUGGAGAGAUGGAACUGCAGGCAUCCAGCACCAAUUCCUCGGGACUCGCUGGUGAGGAGAAAGUUUCUACCUCAACUCUUGUUCUGGUCCAGGUCAAGGAGAGCACAUCUAAAUCCCCACAAGCCAGCUCCCAUAGCUCUCCAUGCUGCUUAGGGACCUGCAUACUGCAGAAAUUGGCCCAACGGAUCUGCCAGUUAACAGACAAAAGUAAGGACGCUGUUGCCACCCAAAACAAGAUCAGCCCUCAAGGCUAUGGCCGCCGGCGCCGGCGUUCCCUGCCAGAGGUCCUCCAGGCCCAGACUGUGGUGUCCUCCCAAGAGCAGACACAGGCAACAACAGCCUCCGGGGACGGGUGGCAGCAAUGA